GCGCUGUCCAAUCGGCGCCUGCCAAGCACCACAUUGCCUCCGCGUACGGUGCCCAGUCCCUUGGUCAUUUGGCCAAGGUCCGCCAUACAGCCAAGGGGCCGCCGUGCCUCCAUAUAAACCCCAGCCGGCUCCGUCUGUUUCGCAAGUGCGGGCAACGGUCUCCUCCUUCCCCUCCCCUUUUCAUCCCUCUCCUAAUUCUCCCUCUCCCCCCACGCUCACUAUCCGUGCCCACUAAUCCCCGCAUCGACCUUAAUCUCCCGUAACUGAUCCUUCGAUAAUGCUCGGGGCUUCGAGUGCUUUGCUGGCGGCGGCCUUGCUUGCGCAGCGUGGGGCUGCACAGGGGACGAACGAUCCGACCGCGACGUUCCCUGCGACGCCGCUGGCAGAGAAGCGCUUCGACUAUCCGGACGGCAUCCCCUAUAAAUCAGACGAGGAUAACCUGAUCCGCGGCGUCCAGUUCGGCUACAACCUCUGCAAUUCCACGACGGAAGGCCCGGAGUCGCUCUGCCAGACGUCGUUCGUGAACUCCGUAGAUGACUUCUGCUUGUGGGCCCCGCCUGAGCCCAACUCGGUCAUUGGCGACACGGAGGGCGAGACGGUCGCCUGGUGCACGAAGCCUGGUCGCGGAACGCGCCUCAUCCCGCCCGAUGCGUUGAAGGGCGUGCAGUUCAUGAAGACCUCGGCCUACGUGCAGGUUGUCGGUUUCAUUGACCAGACGAAGAUCAACAUCGCCGCGGGAGACUACGGUGGUGAGAUGGACCCCCAUGGUGCCGAUCUUCGCGGCAACCCUCUCGGCGGUCUCGUCUACACCCAAGCGUUCGGCGACGGUAGCAAGUGGGAUCAAGUUGUAGAGUGGCACAACUUCAUGGGCUCGGACAUGUUCUGCAUCAAGGCCUGCGACCAGACAAACGAGCACGCCGCGGACUUCUGCCAGCACAUCUACGACCGCAUCGGCUGCGCGUACAACGCGCCCAACAACGCGCAGAACGGCACCUUCGAGUCCUGCGAGGGCGACGUGCAGGACUACCCCGGCGUCUACACCGACACGAACGGCCAGGUGUCCACGUACACGCAGCCGCCCGAGGGGCAGGAGCCCGUCCUCACGUGGACCGCGCGCACGCCCGCGUCGAGCAACUGCCAGGCGUACACGAGCUCGGAGCUGUACAGCGCGCUCGGGUCGGGCUCCUCGUCGUCUAGCUCGGGAUCGAGCAGCACGAGGGGUGGUAGCUCGGGGAGUGGCAGCAGCGGCUCGGGCACCAACACUGGCACCGCUGAGGGCGCUUCUUCGACGGAUGGCAAUGGCGCGUCCGCGAUGGGUGCCGCGUCUAUGGGUGGACUCUUGAGCAUCGUUUUCGGUGUCGUCAUGUUUGCAUGAUUUUGAACACUGUCUCGGUUUCGAACGGAUAAUUGCAAGUAUAUACCCUUGGCCAUACUCUAUCUCUCAUAAUCUAUGGCUCCUUGGUAUCGAUUA